UGAGCUCAUUAUCUGCUCCACGGUCCUGGCAGGUUGUAAAAUAUAUUUCAUUUCGGUAAAAGCUUCCGUACAUGUGACAACUCAUCAAUACUAGAUUUAUCAACUUUUGCACAAUACGUAAUGUCAACAAGACUUCAACAAAUAAAUGUCGACGUUUCUUUAACAGGAGUACAAACAAUGUACUUUGCUCUUCAAGGACCUUGACGCAUCGUUUCCAUUCAGCCAUUGAACUGGGAAGAGUAGGGUCCAUACUGUUGUGGUUUUUAGUGCGACCUAUAUGUGGAUUUUAAAAGGUAAAAUGUUGCUAUUUCACUUAUAUUAGGAAUCAUUCUGUGGUUUAAGGUGAAACUACUCGGUCGCCUGGUGUCGUCGGUGAAGAGCAGCAGGGCUAUAAUGUCUGGAGCGGCCGGUGGUGGUGGAGGAGGAGGCUCCUCCUGUCAGGGCGCAGCAGCGGCAGCCAGUUGCAGCUCCGCCGGCUCUCCCUACGCUGCUGCAGCCGGAGGAGGCGCAGGGGUGGCCGGGAGACUGCCAGCUCGGGUGCUGGAGCACAUUUUCUCGUAUUUGGAGUUGUCCGACUUGAUGCGUUGUGCUUUGGUCUGCUGGCAUUGGAACAAUAUCCUGGCGGAUGAAAACAGCGAGGUGUGGCGCAGCCUCUGCAGCCGGUCUUUGAGCGAUGAAGCUAUGCGAUCUGACAUCCUGUGCAACCUGCCUACCUACAGGGGGAAACUCAAAGCCUUCCAGCAUGCUCUGAGCUCCCACGACUGCUCCCGUAAUGUGUACGUGAAGAAGAACGGCUUCACCCUGCACCGCAACCCUAUUGCCCAGAGCACGGAUGGUGCACGAGGCAAAAUUGGCUUUUUGGAAGGGAGGCACGCCUGGGAGAUCUGGUGGGAAGGCCCUCUCGGCACCGUGGCGGUGAUAGGCCUCGCCACGAAGCGGGCGUCCAUGCAGUGCCAGGGCUACGUGGCCCUGCUGGGCAGCGAUGACCAGAGCUGGGGUUGGAACCUGGUCGACAACAACCUGCUUCACAACGGAGAGGUCAAUGGAAACUUCCCCCAGUGUAACAAUGCACCAAAAUAUCAGAUUGGAGAGAGAAUACGAGUGAUUCUAGACAUGGAUGACAAGACGCUAGCCUUUGAGAGAGGUUUUGAGUUUCUUGGAAUAGCGUUUCGUGGACUGCCCAAAGCCUGCCUGUUCCCUGCCGUCUCUGCAGUAUACGGCAACACUGAAGUCACCAUGGUGUACCUGGGAAAACCUCUAGACGGCUAGAAGCAAAGUAACCUGUGCCACCAAUAAAACUAAGAGGCCACUGGCGAGUGCGGGACUUUUUCUGUCAACAGGCUGCCAACUCUGUUUGUUGCACCGUUUCAAAAGGUUUUGGAGGCCAAGGGGGUCAUGUUCCUUCCAAACAGAAUAACUAUUCACAUACACAAAGAGAACUGUCCACAUUCCUACUGCAGCUCGACAUAAGGAGACAGUUUUUUGGACUGGACAAACUACAGGGAGAAGAAAUGUGUGGGGACUGUCAUAAACAUGUUUCUGUAUCAGCGUGGAAGUGUCCACUUUUACAGUUUAGCUGCUGGACUAUUUUAUUUACAGGAUAGGGGAACAUUAUUUAAUUCCAUGCGAACAUUUACUUGAGAUUUUAUGUCUGCUUAAACGAGGCCAAAACUCUUAAAAACUGUGGCAAAUACUUUACGACAUAAUUUUAACAAGUGAAACAGUAGUUGUUACCGAUAGCUAUCUGUUGUAUGAGUUAAUGGAAACAGAUCAUCGUGGAUUUACACAGUUUAACUAGAAUCGACGACUGGAUUAUAAUAGUUAUAUGCCAAAUCAAUGUGACCUGAUGUUAUAUUUUGCUAUGGGAAAACAUAGAGGACAUGCGGACCAACCGUCAUGCAUGUGCAUGGAUACUGGCGUGUAAAGUAUAACAUCUGAACCUUUUUAAUAUACCUAUCCAGUAAUGGUGGAAACUAUAGCUGUAUCAUGUUAAUGUGUGUCAUUUUUAAAUGUGCUACCGUAGUAUUACACACUAUUUAUUUCUUGGUUUUAUCUAUGGUACUAUAGAUACUGUAUAGUAAUAAGGCCUGAAAAUAAAGUCUACAUGGUGCCACUCUU